CACACCUGGGUCAUAGACAACAUGAGCAUGUCAAGUCCCUUGAGCGACCCACCAGCAAAUUUGCCAAUUCCGCCCAGCCAUUUUAGAAUUGUCGUGGACAAGACUUUACUCACCUAUAAAGUCCGUCAUCACAGCUACCCUGGUAGCGGUACGACAGAGAAUCCAUAUGUGGUGGACUGGCUCCCCAAUGACCCCAAGAAUGGUUUCAACAUGUCACCGGGCAUGAAAUGGGUCAUCGUCAUGAUUUGUGCAUUCAACACCCUGGCUUGCUCGUUAGCCUCAACCAUCUUCUCCGGUGCAAUCCUCCAGCUCAAGGAUUACUUCCAAAUUUCCGACGAAGUCUCCAUUCUCACUGUGUCGCUCUUUGUGCUGGGCUUUGCUGUUGGCCCUGUCAUAUGGGGCCCGUUAUCAGAAUUAUACGGUCGCCAGGCCAUCUACCUCAUCACCUUGGGCGCCUCAAUUCUGUUUGCGGGUACAUCCAUUGCCUGUAAUGAUCAGGACAUAGCCGCACUGCUAGUCCUUCGCUUUCUUGUAGGCUCAUUCAGCUCGGCGGCCGUCUCCAACUCACCCGCAGUGGUCGCUGACAUCUUCGUGCCGGCGGAACGGGGACUUGCCGUCAUGGCUUACUCAAUGUUCCCCUUCCUCGGCCCUACCCUCGGUCCGAUAUGCGGUAACUUUCUCGCCGCUGGCGCCGGAUGGCGUUGGGUAGAUGUUUUGUGCACGCUGUUCUUCACGCUAAUGUUCAUUCUCGGCCUUUUAUUUGUGCCUGAGACCUACGGACCUUAUAUUCUGCGACGUCGGGCCACAAAAAUGAGCAAGGAGACAGGCAAGACGUACAUUAGCAAACUUGACGCUGGCCUUCCACAAAAGACUCUCAGCUCUACUUUAAGAACGGCCAUCGUGCGCCCCAUGAUCAUGGCAGUGUUUGAACCAAUCUCGAUAGCCAUGGCCUUGUACGCAGCCAUCAUCUACGGUAUCCUAUACCUCAUCUUCGCCGCCUUCCCUAUCAUCUUCAUUGACCAGCGCCAUUGGAGUCAAAGCGAGUCAGGUCUGGCUUUUGUCGGUAUCAUGAUAGGCCAGGUCCUAGGUGUGCCUUUCUAUAUGGCUCUCGAAAUCAAAUACCGUAAGAAAAUCGCCCGUCCCGGCGUUGUGUCGAAUCCAGAGAUGCGCCUUGAGCCGGCCUUAUAUGGUGCCGUCAUGCUCCCUGUUAGUCUAUUCUGGUUUGCCUGGACAUCUUACCAGAGCAUUCAUUGGGCUGUCGGCUUGGUGGGUACCAUUUUCUUUGGGCUGGGUAACGUCCUUGUCUUCAUAGCUAUCACCAACUACAUCAUUGAUACAUAUAGCCUCUUCGCCGCCACAGCAGCGGCUACCAACUCCAUUGUUCGUGCCUUAUUCGGGUUCGCCUUCCCCCUCUUCACCACGUACAUGUACAAAAACCUGGGCACGCAGUGGGCCUCGUCUAUCCCUGCUUUCCUAUCUUUGGCCUUUGCUCCCCUACCCUUCAUUUUUCUCAGGAUCGGCUCAUCACUGCGCUCCCACUCCAAGUUUGCCAACGAGGCUAAGGCCCAGCUAGCAAAGCUGCAAAAAGCACGCCAGGAGGUCGAGGAGAAAUUUGAGGGUACUCAGGCAAUCAAAAUCGAACCCGAGAUUCGAGCUGUUCCUACCUUCCAGGAGUCGGGUGCCAGAGGUGAAUAG